AUGUCUCAUCAUCCACCUGGCGACCCUAUAUACCAAGAUUUAUUUCCCUAUACGCGGGGCGCGGUCCUUAAUUCAGGAGACUUCACUUCUGUCAGCGGCGGGCACGUCUACGAGCAUCCGGGAAGUUGGACUGCCCCACCGCCCCACCGCACGCCUACAAAUGAACGUGAUGAACCUGUCGGAAGGUUUUUCUAUAAAGCAGAGGCGCUGACAAUCAAUAGAGGAAGCUACACUGCCGUCAGUGGUGGGGACGUCCAUCGUAUCCGUGCUCCCGAUCGUGAGGUACAAGCGCAGAAGGCAGCCCAAAGCGCUCAGGCACAUUAUCAUUAUGUUCCGCCGCCAGUGCAUGGAUGGGUGAAUGGAUAUGGACCUCCUCAGGCAGAAGGGAGCGCCUUUCCUGCGUCGUAUUCUUAUCCACCCGUCCAGCCUUCCUUUGGUCCACAAACGAACGUUACGCCGUCGGCGCACCCAUAUCUACCGCUAGGACCUUCAGCAUUUUAUCCCCCUCCUGUUCCAUAUGGUCAGAAUCAUUAUGACCCCCGGGACGUUACGAGGAUAUGGAACGAGUUGGGCAUACGCCCGAAGAAGAACACGAAGCGACAGGGCUCCGACUCUGAAUCGGACGGCGAGAUAGUAAGCGCCCGACUGGCGAGCGUCUCGAUGAAAGCGCACGAAUUGAAACACUACUGUCCGAAAAGCCCUCACAAGUCAGACGGUGCUUAUCUACCUUCUCCACCGGGAAGUGUUAUUUCCAUGAAGAAAAAGAAGCAUGUGAGAAGCGAGACCGAACAAGGACCUCGUUACUAA